ACGCAGACUUUUGUUUCUUUCAAUAGCCGAGGCCCGAGAGUUCCAAAAACUCAUGAGGAUUGCAUGAUUCACUCUCGCUGUCUUAUUCCUUAGGGUUCUUCGGGUGGCAGCCGCAGAGGGAGCAAUUAGGAGGAGUUCGUUUCUCUCUCUCGAUUUUUGGUUGGAAAUGCUCAAUAGAUGUGUUACAUAUUAAAGUUUUUAUCAGCAGAGCAAUUUCGCUUAAAAACCCUAAAAAGAAAUGAAGAUGGUAGUGAAUGCUUGGCGGUGGUGAUACCAAUAGAGUAGGAGUAAGAAAGAAACGAAAGAAAGAGAUGGGUACGGGAAGUCGAGCACGGGGACUGGUAGUGAAGACCCUGCUAUUGAUUGGAGGCGCGGUUUUGCUCAAGCGGCUCACCAAGUCCACCACUCGCUGGGACCAUGCUCGCAUCAUUGGUAACUCCCUCACUGGCCAAAAGUUUUCCAUGGAGCAAGCAUCCAGAGCUCCUGACAAUUACUUCAAUUUCAGAAUGAUGACGUGCCCAGCAGCAGAGAUAGUUGAUGGGUCAAAGGUUUUAUAUUUUGAACAAGCAUUCUGGAGGAUUCCUCAAAAGCCCUUUCGGCAGAGAUUUUACAUGGUCAAGCCUUGUCCUAAAGAGUUGAAAUGUGAUGUUGAGGUAAGUUCAUAUGCCAUUAGAGACGUGGAGGAGUACAAGAACUUCUGUGAUCGCCCAAAGGACCAGCGCCCACUGCCUGAAGAAGUUCUUGGGGACAUUGGGGAGCAUUUAACAACAAUAUAUCUGAAACGCUGUGAGCGUGGAAAACGCUGCUUAUAUGAAGGCUCAACUCCACCUGGCGGGUUUCCUAAUUCAUGGAACGGGGCAACGUACUGUACUUCGGAGCUUGCAAUCUUGAAGAAUAACGAGAUACAUACAUGGGACAGGGGCUAUGAUGAAGAUGGAAAUCAAGUUUGGGGAGCAAAGGAAGGUCCUUACGAGUUCAAGCCUGUACCUGCCUCUAGUUUCAAUGGCAUGUUUUCUUCUCCUUUAGAUUUCCCUCCUCAGCAAUCGAUGGAGAAACGAAUACAGGGUUCAUUUGUUUUGCAAGACUGAUCACUUGUCACAUAUACCCAUUUAUAUGUAAAUCCCUCCGUAUUCUUGAACUUCUAUCAAAUAAUGACUCCUUGUCAGUUGCCA